AUGAAGACGUCGAGAUUUCUUUUGCUCUUCGGAGUACUGCUACUUAUGAUUCCAUUUUCGGAGCAGAUGAUUCAGUGUAGAUAUACAAAGAAUUUAACAAACAGAGCAGAUGGAGGCGACGAGCAUUGUCUCUUUUAUUAUCUACUCAAUCGUGAAUAUGAAGAAACGAGUAAUGUUAACUCAUUGAGUACGAUGCCACCGAAAACAGAUGAAAUGAAGAUUACAAUCGAAAACGUGAUUGUCAAAUAUGUCGAAUUGGUUAAAGGAUCCAGUUAUCAGUUCAAUGUCUUCGGUGAUAUUUAUUUGAACUGGAAAGAUGAGCGUCUGAAGUGGGACAAAAAGGGCGAAUUCGAGAAUUACGAUCAUCUUUUUAUUUUCAAUUCGAGUGCAAUCUGGAUACCUCAUAUUAUUGAUCACACACUGUGUUCUGACGGAGAAUGCAGUUCGUCAGUUGAUGACAUCGACGUCUAUGAUGACGGAACUGUGUAUGCGAGAAUUCAGUUCAGAUAUCUCGCCAGUUGUGCAGUUGACUACAAAAAAUUCCCCGAGGAAGACGACAGUUGUUGUAUCUUCUUCACAGCAUUCGAAACAAAUGUCGAACGAACCAAAUUUGAAAUUGAAGGAAAAUCGAAAGAAAAGUUGAACAGACCAGUUUAUUCUCAGAAAAUGUAUGAAAAAGAGGAGAAACUAAACGAGGUUGCACACGAACACUCUCCAUGGGUUGUUGUUGAGCGGACGCUGAGUGUCGCUCACCUCGGAGGAAUUGAGACUUUGGAAGUGUUGCAAGUCUGUAUAAAAGCAGAGAAACAGAUGAGUACAGUAAGAGUUGCACUCCUGUUUCCAGUUACUCUCGCUACGUAUGUUAUGCUGGCAUCUCCACUCUUCGGAGACCUCCGAACUCAAAUCUUUGUGAAACUUUUUACCCUUCAUAUCCAAACUAUUUGCUUUCUUUACCUCUGUACCAUCACUCCAUUAAAUGGAUUCUUGGGAGUUCGACCGAGAAUUUAUAUCUUCUACGAGUUGGUCUUCACAAUCAGUUUCAUGAGUAUUCUGGUUACCCUCGUCGUCAUGGCUCUCAGUCGUGUCAAACGGAACGUCCCCCCUUCUCAUCGUCUCUUCCUUUCUGCAAAACUGAUUAACCGCGUCGUCUGCUGCAUUGAGCCCGAAAGAUCCGAUGCCUAUCAUCGUUACGUCGAGGAAGAGAAUCCAGAGCAACGAGCUUCGAACGAGGUAAAUGAGUCUGUGAUUAGACGUGGUGCCGAGCUCGAUUACACUCAGGAUUGGCGUCAUAUAUACUUGGCACUCAACAACAUGUUCUCAGCUCUCAUGUUUUCCGUUUUCCUCUUCAUGACCUUCUUGGAGUUCUUCUAA